AUGGAUAAAAGGGACACAAGCAUAUCGUCACAAAUUAUAUCAACAAUAUGUAUCAACCCAAAAAUUGAACUAGCUAGAGACUUAAGGGAAUGGUUUCAAUUGGAAGAAGUCGCAAAAGCAAAAGGAUCUUCAUCGACGCUUUUUAAAAAUGCAAAGGAAAUUCAAAGUAGUGAUAUUAUGCGUACAUCCCAGAAUUCGAUACAAGCACAAUAUUGCAUAUUUAAGGUAAAGAUAACUACUAUUUUAAAUAGGCUCGAGCCAUGGUUCUAUGCUUGCAAAGGCUGUGACAAGAAGGUAGAUAAAGACGUUAGUAAAGAGUGUCUGAAUGACAAAUACCGCAGAAUCAUUGAUAACCCAGUACCAAGGUACUUAGUUAAGAUUCUCAUGGAAAAUAGCACGGAUAAUGCAAGAGUAACACUCUUUGACGCAGCAGAAACUCUUAUUGGAUGCACAACAGAAAAAUUCAUUACAGAAAAAGAGAAAAAUAAUAAGAGUCCAUAUUUCCAGAAAUUAGUUUUGAACAUCGGAAAAACGUUCAAAUUCCUGGUGAAGUUAGAAGAAAAGACAAAAGAUGAACGAGGCGAAGGAAAUAUAAUAGCACAAGAAAUUCAACUCCAGCCUGAUAUUACAAUCGACGUAGAUGAUGAAGAUGCUACUUUAGAAUUUCACAGGAAAAAGAUAAAGGAGGUUGUUUAG